CAGUCGCUACAACCUUGCCACGUAGAUCGCCCUCAUUCAAAGCUCGCCCAGGGGAAGAAGCGGAUCUUGUCCUCUUGUCGGCACCUUAUAGGCGCUGCAUCCUCCCGACGGCUAUGCUGACCAAGUUCGAGUCCAAGAGUAACCGCGUCAAGGGUCUGGCGUUCCACGUGAGUCGUCCAUGGAUCCUCACGUCGCUGCACAACGGUGUGAUCCAGUUAUGGGACUACCGCAUGGGCACACUGCUGGAUCGCUUCGACGAGCAUGACGGCCCUGUGCGUGGCGUGGACUUUCACCGCACACAACCGCUGUUCGUGUCGGGUGGCGAUGACUACAAGCUGAAAGUAUGGGACUACAAGCUGCGCCGCUGCCUGUUCACCCUACUGGGCCACCUGGACUACAUCCGCACGGUGCAGUUCCACCACGAAUACCCAUGGAUCCUCAGCUGUAGUGACGACCAGACCAUCCGCAUCUGGAACUGGCAGUCGCGCUCCUGCGUGUCCAUCCUCACGGGCCACAACCACUACGUCAUGUGCGCACAGUUCCACCCUAAGGACGACCUCAUCGUCUCGGCCUCGUUGGAUCAGACGGUCAGAGUCUGGGACACCACAGGUCUCCGCAAGAAGACAGUGCGCGGUGCUCCCAGCUCCAUGGACGACAUGGUGGGUCCUCCGACGUCUCGCUCCAACAACCACGACAUCUUCGGCGCCAGUGAUGCCAUCGUCAAGUACGUUCUGGAAGGUCACGACCGCGGCGUCAACUGGGCCAGUUUUCACCCUACACUCCCCCUUAUCGUCUCUGGAGCUGAUGACCGCCAAGUGAAGCUCUGGCGUAUGAACGAGACUAAGGCCUGGGAGGUGGACACUAUGCGUGGGCACACCAACAACAUCUCGUGUGUGCUGUUCCACCCACGUUACGAGCUCAUUAUUUCUAACAGUGAAGACCGUUCUAUCCGUGUGUGGGAUAUCUCCAAGCGCAUGGGUCUACAGACCUUCCGCCGCGAGAACGACCGCUUCUGGAUGCUCGCUGCUCACCCCACACAGAAUCUGCUCGCUGCCGGUCACGACUCCGGUAUGAUUGUGUUCAAGCUGGAACGUGAACGUCCAGCUAUGGAUAUACAUGAGGGCCGCGCGUAUUAUGCCAAGGAGCGCUAUGUGCGCAUGUAUUCGUUCGUUGACGGCAGCGACGUCCCGGUCGCUGCUGUACGUCGCACGGGUACGGCCGGUACGGGUAUGGGUAACUUCCCUCGUCACUUGAACUACAACCCGUACGACCAGAACUCAGGUACCAACAGUGUGUUGAUGACGAGCGACGCUGAAGGUGGCUCGUACGAGCUGGUGACGUUCACUCAUGGCUCAGGUGGUGACACGUCGGAGUCGAGUCGUGGACCUGGUCUCUUUGCUGUGUUUGUGGCACGCAACCGCUUCGCUGUUUUGGAUAAAUCGCGUCACAUUGUGAUCAAGAACUUCCAGAAUGAAGUGACCAAGAAGAUCACCCCACCCAACGGUACAGCGGACGGCCUGUUCUUCGGUGGUGUAGUGGGUCGUGUACUGCUCCACAUUGACGACAAGAUGGUGCUCUACGAGACGCAGAGUCGUCGUGUGUUGGCUGAUGUACAAGCUCCUCGUGUCAAGUACGUUGUCUGGAGUCCCAAUUACGAGUACGUGGCUCUGAUUAGCAAGCACUCUAUCGUACUGGCCGACAAGCAGCUGAACCACCUGAGCACUAUCACUGAGUCAGUGCGUAUUAAGAGCGGUAUCUGGGCCAAUGCUCCUGCUGAGAUCUUCGUCUACACGACGCUAAACCACAUCAAGUACUCGUUGACGAACGGUGAUGCUGGUAUUAUCCGCACUCUGGAUGUUCCGGUGUACUUGACUCAUCUGGAAGGUUCUAAGCUCUACUGUCUUGACCGUGAGGCUAAGAUGCGUACGAUGGCUGUGGAUCUUACGGAGUGCGAGUUCAAGAUUGCUCUGAACAAGAAGAACUACACUGAGGUGAUGCGGAUGGUUCGCCACUCGAGACUUUGUGGCCAGGCUAUUAUCUCGUAUCUGACUAAGAAGGGCUAUCCGGAGGUGGCGCUGCACUUCGUUAAUGACGAGAAGACUCGUUUCAAGCUCGCUAUCUCGUGUGGAAACCUUGAAGUGGCUCUGAACUCGGCGUACGAGCUGGAUGACAACAAGUGCUGGUACCAAUUGGGUGUAGAGGCACUUCGUCAAGGUAACAUCCAGGUCGUGGAGAUGGCCUACCAACGCACCAAGAACUUCGAGCGUCUGAGCUUCCUGUACCUAGUCACGGGCAAUCGCGACAAGCUUAAGAAGAUGCUGAAGAUCGCUGAGGUGCGCAAUGACAUCAUGGCGCGCUUUCACAAUGCGCUGUACCUUGGAGAUGUCGAGGUUCGUGUCAUGACGCUGGAAGCUGCUGGUCAGUUCGGUCUGGCGCUCUUGACGGCUGCCACUCACGGGCUCGGCGACCAUGUGGAGCGUCUGCGUGCACUAAUGCAGGAGACGAACCCUGACUUCGAUGUGGAUGCUUUCCUGGCGCGCGAGAUGCUUCCAAACCCGACGUUGCUGUCCCCGCCGCCGUGUGUGAGUCGCCUGGAGAACGAGAACUGGGCGCUCGUGGAGAUCAACGAGCCGACGAUCCAGGACCACGCUAUUGCCGCUGAGAAGCGCGAAGCCGAACGCAGUCUGCAGCCGCAACAGGAGGCAGGCCGUCGCUCAAUGGAGGAGCGUCCGGCACGCAAGUCGUCGAUGGAUCUGGCUCUGGAUGCUGCUGGAGAUGCCUGGGGUAUGGACGGUGACCUCGACUUGGAUGACUCGCUUACGAUUGAUGACCAAUCGCUGGGAAUGGACUCGGCUGCGCUGGAGAACGACUUUGCUGGUCUCAGCACGGACGCUGGCUUCGUGGCGGCUCCUACGGCGGGUACGAGUCUUGCAGUACAGUGGGUGCGCAACUCGUCGUUGGCUGCUGAUCACGUGGCUGCUGGUUCGUUCCAGACCGCUAUGCAGUUGCUGCACCGCCAGAUCGGUGUCAUUAACUUCGAGCCACUCAAGCCCGUGUUUCUCCAGGUAUACUCGGGUGGUUCAGCUUCCUUGCCGACGCAGGGUAAUUGCCCACCGCUGCGUGCGUGGCUGCAGCGCAACGACGUCAGCCAACCGGCUGUGGCUGUGUCGUUUGCUGCUCUCGUUGAGGAGCUCAAGCACGCGUACCGUUCGUUCACUGGCGCCAAGUUUGACGACGUGAGGACCCACUGCCAGUCGAUUUUACAUGCUAUCCCGUUCCUGGCCGUGGACUCCAAGGAGGAAGCGGAGAAGGUGAAGGGAUUGCUGACUGUUUGCCGCGAAUACUUGCUGGCUUGCCGUAUCCGUGCUGAUGUGGCUGCUGUGCCUCUGGAGAGCGACCCGAAGCGUAAUAUCGAGCUGAGCGCUUACUUCACGCACUGCGAACUGCAGCUACCGCACCUGGUGUUGACACUCAAGAUCGCUAUGACGAAUGCAUUUAAGGCUGGCAACUUCAUCACGGCGGCGUCGUUCUGUAGACGGUUGUUGGAGAUUCCGGAGGUUGCGCAGCAUCCGCGCCAUGAGAAGCUGCGCUUGACUGCGCGUAAGGUACUACAGAAGGCCGAAAAGGAGGCCCGUAACGAACAUGCAGUGGACUACCAGGACUCGAAGCCGUUUGUGCUGGACGCGCGCAACUUUACGCCGAUUUAUUUGGGUGGGAAGGAUGUGCGUUGUCCGUACUGCGCUGCUGCGUAUCACCCGGAGAGCAAGGGCACACUCUGCGACGUGUGUGGCAUCUCGAAGGUUGGCGAGGAGACUAUCGGGCUCGUGGUCACUGCAGCUCAGUAAGGAAGUUGGUAGAUGCAAGCUGUUGAAGUCUGCUAAAUCAAUGCGUGGCGAUUUUUUAUUGACGUCCGUUGUAUUUUCGUCCAAUGUCUAUUCACGAUUGAUGUUUUUCACCAAUCAAAAUCAUUAAAUUUGAAGACGCUGU